CCUUAUAGUUGUCAGGUGCAGCACCCAAGCUCUUUUGCCUGCCUCCCGUCAAAAAUUAGGGCAUUUGAGCUUUCCUUUUCCUACUGCUGUUCCUUCCUAUACAUACAUAUAUAUAUACACACACAAACUAACUUCACCAUCUUACUCCUACGAACUCCGGCCGAACCCUUCUUCCUUUUUUCAUUCUCUGAUCUUAUUCAUCUUCGUCUUCUUCUACUACUAAGUUCCUCCAUCGCUAGUUUGGAGUGGACCUGUUACACUUUCUGGACUAAGAGAGUACUGAAAUUUUUGUAACUGUAAUGGAAGUCCGAUCAAGCAUUCGGCGUAUUACAUACUCACAAGAGCUUGUAGAUGGAAAAUCAAUUCAAGUUUCUUCAAAUUGUCUUCCUAUUCAGGCUUCCAAGUACGACCCAGCGGGGCAUGCUUUCCAUCAAGCAGCUCUGAAACUUCGUGGUCAUGUGGAGAAAGUUGUGGACGAUGGGGAUAAGAAAGUGGCUGAUGAAAAGGAACAAACUUCCCUGCCAUCUGAUUCUUACAGCAGUAAAGGUAAAAAGAAAUCUGGUGCUGAUGACAGUCAACAAGAUCAUUAUGCAUUGUUGGGUUUGGCCAAUUUAAGAUAUCUUGCCACCGAGGACCAGAUUAAAAAAAGCUAUCGUGAGACUGCCUUGAAGUAUCAUCCUGACAAGCAGGCUGCUCUUCUUCUUGCUGAGGAAACUGAAGCUGCCAAACAAGCAAAGAAGGAUGAGAUUGAGAGCCAUUUCAAGUCCAUCCAAGAAGCAUAUGAAAUUUUGAUUGAUCCCGUGAAAAGAAGAAUUUAUGAUUCCACAGAUGAGUUUGAUGAUGAGAUUCCAACAGACUGUGCCCCACAGGACUUCUUCAAGGUGUUUGGUCCAGCUUUCAUGAGGAAUGGGCGGUGGUCUGUUAAUCAGCCAAUUCCAUCUUUUGGUGAUGACAAGACCCCAAUAGGCGAAGUGGAUAAUUUCUAUAACUUUUGGUACAGCUUUAAAAGUUGGAGAGAGUUUCCACAUUCUGAUGAGUUUGAUCUUGAGCAAGCUGAGUCUCGUGACCACAAGAGAUGGAUGGAGAGGCAGAAUGCAAAACUGUCAGAAAAGGCUAGAAAGGAAGAAAUUACAAGGAUUCGUACUCUUGUCGACAAUGCUUAUAAAAGAGACCCGAGGAUCCAGAGGAGGAAGGAAGAGGAGAAAGCUGAGAAACAGAGGAAAAAGGAGGCCAAAUAUCUAGCAAAGAAAUUGCAGGAGGAAGAAGCAGUGAGGGCUGCUGAAGAAGAGAAACGUCGAAAAGAAGAGGAAGAUAAACGAGCUGCUGAAGCAGCUUUACAGCAGAGGAAGGUGAAAGAAAAAGAGAAGAAACUCUUGCGCAAAGAACGUGCCCGUCUCCGUACACUCUCAGCAUCUGUUGUAACACAGAAAUCGUUCGGUAUAUCUGCAGAUGAUGUAGAAAGUCUUUGUACGUCACUUAACACAGAGCAGCUGAGGAAUUUGUGUGACAAGAUGGGUGGGAAAGGGGAACUGGAGAUUGGCAAUAUUCUUAGAGAUGCACUUGGAUAUAGUAGCAAUUUGGAGGAGACUAGAAAAGAAGACCAGAAGAAAGCUGAAUCACAGAAUGGCUCUGUGGAUACUAAUGGAGCCACUCCAGCAACUAUUCCUUUUAGCAGCUCUGAGAAGAAGGAAAAACCUUGGGGCAGAGAAGAGAUCGAGCUCUUGAGAAAAGGAGUGCAGAAAUUCCCCAAAGGAACAUCUCGAAGGUGGGAGGUUAUUUCAGACUACAUUGGUACCGGGAGAACCGUAGAAGAGAUUCUGAAGGCAACCAAAACAGUGCUCCUACAGAAGCCUGAUUCCGCCAAAGCUUUUGAUUCAUUUCUUGAAAAGAGGAAGCCUGCACCAUCAAUCGCUUCUCCACUCUCAACAAGGGAGGAAGCAGGAGUAUCAAUCCCGCAGGCAACAGAAAAUGGUGCUGCACAGACAGAAACUCCACAAGAAUUACCAAACGGCGGUGCAAACACCCAGAGUCCUAAUGAUUCGAGUUCUGUUAAUGGUGUAACAUCUAGUUCAGAGCAAGAUGUGUGGUCUGCAGUACAAGAAAGAGCUCUGGUUCAAGCUCUGAAAACCUUCCCAAAGGACGUUAAUCAGCGAUGGGAGAGAGUUGCUGCUUCAGUUCCCGGAAAGACUGUGAAUCAAUGCAAGAAGAAGUUUUCCGUAAUGAAGGAGAGCUUCAGAAGCAAGAAGACUACUGCUUAGUUAUUUAGUUUUUCGGCUGCAAGAUAAGGCUCGAGUAAUUUUGUCAUUGGGUAUUCUAAUAUUAUUUCAAAUUCUUUCAAGCUAGGGGAUUGUUCAGAGGCCACAAUUUGUUCCCCCUAGCUCUGAGGGUUCUUCUUGACUCCGGUUACUACUGCCGUCCGGAUUUUGUCGUAAAGCCUUGACCGGUUUUACAGCUAAUUUGGAAGAGGGAGAUUUUUAUUUAUUUGGUAUUUGUUUCUUCACUAUGUUUUAUACUUUUACAGUAAUAUUAGAUUAAUUAAUUGCAUUGUACUGAGAGAGAUGAUGGCCACUAUUCAUUAUUAUGAAAAUGAGAGAGACCAUAUUGAAAUCAAACAAA